GUAUUGUUUUUAUUCCGUCGUUAGUUAUGGUCACUUUACUUAGUUGAUUCGAUGAUUCAAGACAUAUUCAAAUUUAUCUUGUGGUAUAUUUUGUAAUUGCUUACUCUCUUUUAGUGAUAAAGUUGUGUAUUUUUUUAGUUGGGAUUAAUUUUCGACGACAUGGACUUCAAUAAAAGAAAUCGAGGUGGAGGCGGAAAGAAAUCUGGUCGCGGUGGUUUUCAUCAGCAGCAAGAUCGUGGUCAGUCAAGAUCCAAUGAUCCACCUGCAGAAUCCGGUCAUUCUGGGCCAGCUGGGCGUGGCACACCGCCACAUCAUCAAUAUAGCCCAAGAGCUGGUGGCUCUGCAGGACGCAGUUAUCAUGAUCCUGGUUCCGGCGGUCGUCCUACGCCUCAUCAACAACAACGUCCGUUUUUACCAACCCAACCGGAUCCAAGAUUCCGUGCACCUUUUCCUGUGCAUCAAGGAGGACCGCCAGUACGUUGGGGACCGCCUGGAGGACAAAGACCACCGAGGCCUGCUACUGCACCUCAGCUAACGCCACUCCCUUCCGAACCUUCUGCCAACUCCUCGAUUCGUGAUCAGCCUGCUGCGUCAGCUUGGGGCUCGAAGAGUGCUUCCAGCUCAAAUGAGGUACCAGCCCGAGAUCCUCAGCCAGGUGGUGCAUGGUCUCGAAAACCUGAUCCUGAACAACCCGGUGCAAAAGCUGUAGUUUCGAUAAGCACAUCAGGAGGAGGAGAUUUUAAACCUGAAGUUGCACAGCCCCAAGUGCCCGAAAAAUCUGCCGAAGCGCAGGCAUCUUCUUCGUCGAAAUCUGGCAAGAAGAAGAAAAGGAAAGGAGGCUCAGGCAUUGUAGACAAACCAUUAGAAGAAUCGUUCGAAACGGCUCUUGUAUUGGGUUUGGGUACUAAAACUGAAACCAAUCCUACGAAGCCCUUACAAGAACCUGUCAAAACAACGGCACCGUUGUAUAAUAUACCAAAGAGACCUAAGGGUACUCUGGUACACCCUGCGAAAUACUUCCAGAAUGAGAGAGGAAAUCUUGUGGAAGUCAACUUUUUACGUAUCGAAUUGAAGAACCUCAAACUGAAAAUUUUUCAAUACGAUGUUUCCUUUGAACCUGAAAAACGUCGAGACUUAUUCAGGGAAGCGUUGCGAUUAUUAUUUGAAAAAAAUGGGAUUAAUAGGCAUCCGGCACACGACGGUCGUAAACAAAUAUACGUCGCUGGUUCUAAAAUACGUUUCCCUGGUGGUACUGAUUCGUUUACGGGCGAUGUUGAAGUAUCGUACGAAGAAGGACGUCAUAUCGACUACAUAAUUACGGUUAAACUUUCGAGGGAGAUGGAUUUGCAGUCGUUAACCGAAUACAUGAGAAAUGGUUCAUCUUUACGUCCAUUCGAUGUCCAACCGUUGGAAAUAGCUUUGAUGCACCCUGCGAUAUCUAAUAAUUUAAUCAAAGCUGGGCGUUCAUUUUUCACUCGGCAAGAUAAUGCCGAGUACCUGGGUAACGGAAUGGAUCUUUGGAAAGGUCAUACUCAGAGUGUGGUUAUACCUUGGUUAGACGAGAGCAAAGGAACGCCGAAUUUAUAUCUAAAUGUUGAUGUUGCUCAUAAAGGGUUUCCACGAGCGCAACGUGUCAUCGAUUACAUUCGCAAUGAGUUUUUUUCCAGAGGUCCACAGAUACAGAAUGAUUCGAAUUUAGCGCCAUGGCAGCGUGAUAUCGCUCAAAAUUUUUUGAAAAAUAUAAAAGUGUCGUACGACGAUCGUGGCAGAAAACGUACCUUCAAAGUGGAUUCUCUCGAUCUAUCAGCCAGAGAUGCUAGAUUUGAGCGGGAUGGACAUAGAAUCACAGUAGAGGAGUAUUUCCGAACUGACAAACGUAUAACGUUGAAGUAUCCCAACUUGCCCUGUAUAAAUUCUCGUGGUCGACUUUUUCCAAUGGAACUAUGCUCUGUGGUUCCGAAUCAAGUAGUUAAUAAGGCAUUGGACCGUAAUCAAACUGAUCAGAUGGUAUCAAAAGCUGCAACUUCUACUACUGAAAGAAAAAAAACAAUCACUGAAUCGCUAAAGAAAGUGAAAUUCAAUGAAGACGAGUGUGUAAAAGAAUUCGAUUUAACUGUUAAUACUACUUUCGAAACAGUCACCAGUUAUGAACUGAAGCCGCCAUCCAUUCAGUAUGCCAAAAAAAUCGUACCUGUGGAAAAGGGCGAGUGGAGACAAAACGAUUACUUCAUAGAACCAGUAAAUUUAUCGAGAUGGGUACUUAUAAACACAGUUGAUAGAAUAGACGAUACUUGCGUUGGAAAUGUUAUUAGAGAAUUACAAAAUGCAGGCCGUUUUUGCGGCAUGCAAGUUGGGAAUCCGCGACAAGUUGAGUUGUACCGUUUUCGUAAUGAAGACGAUUUCGUCCAGAUUUUUGAAGAAUGGAAGAAAAAAGGUGCUCAGUGGUUUAUGGUGAUUAUAAAGGAUAACGAUUCUUCUACGUAUGGUUAUGUAAAAAGGGCAGCCGAACUUCGGGUAGGAGUCGUGACACAAUGCUUGGUAGCUGGAACUGCGCGACAAACGUUAGGGCCACGACCACGUUUCGGUGCGACGGCCAAAAAUCUUUUAUUGAAGUUGAACACGAAGAUGGCCGGUGUCAAUCACUCACUCGCUGAUGAUGAUUUGAAACCAGAGAUUUUGAACGAAGAUGUAAUGAUCGUCGGAGCCGAUGUUACACAUCCGCCACCAGAUUCGCGAGAUCUGUCUAUCGCUGCUGUGGUUGCGUCGCAUGAUGGAUUCACGUUUCAGUUCAACAUGCAAUACCGAUUGCAAGCGCCUCGUAAUGAGAUGAUCCGUGAUUUGAAGAGUAUUAUGGAGACUCAGAUAUCAUUCUACCAGGAGAAAACUGGUAAACUCCCAAAACGUAUAUUGUACUAUCGUGACGGUGUCGCGGAUAGUCAAUUUGAGAAGGUUCUAUCAUAUGAAGUUACUGCUAUUCGUCAAGCUUUCGCUAAACUCGAGACGAAACCUACUCUCACGUUUAUAAUAGUUCAGAAAAGACACCAUACGAGAUUCUUCCCGAGUGUAGAUAUGUCUGACUAUGACAGAACCAAGAAAGUUAAUUAUCAAAAUGUGAGACCCGGUACCGUAGUUGAUGAAAAAAUAACUCAUCCGACGGAGAUUAAUUUUUAUCUGGUCAGCCACAAAAGCAUUAAAGGUACAGCCAGACCAACGAAGUACCAUUUGUUGUACGACGAUAGUUCUCCCGCUAUCGAUUUGAUUUCGCUGGAACGAUUGACGUACUAUCUUUGCCAUACGUACGCCCGCUGUAACCGAUCAGUUUCAUAUCCGGCACCCACCUAUUAUGCGCAUUGGGCUGCUUUCAGAGCCAAAGCAUGGUGGAGCAAUAUUUUCAAGGAGUACAGGCAAAAGGGCAAGGAUCCUGCGACGUUGAUUAACGAGCAAGAUCAACGUGGACGAGUGCUCGAUGACGUCGUGACUAACACGCCUAUGUUUUUCAUUUGAAAUAAAAUAUCGUCGAGAUGGUCUUCUGAGGUGUACGAUGCUAUGAAAUAAUAUUAAAAUAAUGUAGCCUACUUAUUAAUAAUCGCUUUAUAUAAUUCUAAAAUACAUUAUUCCUUAUUAAACAAUAAACAAUUUCUGACGGUGA